AAAAGAAAAAAAAGAAGCACAAAAAAAGUGGAAACUUUUUCCCCCUGUCCACUUCAAGUUCUGAAAAAUCAAAAUGGAUUUAGAGAAAAAUUACCCAACUCCUCGGACCGGCAGGACAGGACAUGGAGGAGUGAAUCAGCUUGGGGGGGUUUUUGUGAAUGGACGGCCACUCCCGGAUGUAGUCCGCCAAAGGAUAGUGGAACUUGCUCAUCAAGGUGUCAGGCCGUGCGACAUCUCAAGGCAGCUUCGAGUCAGCCAUGGUUGUGUCAGCAAAAUUCUUGGCAGGUAUUAUGAGACGGGGAGCAUCAAGCCUGGGGUAAUUGGAGGAUCCAAACCAAAGGUCGCCACGCCCAAAGUGGUGGAAAAAAUCGCUGAGUAUAAACGCCAAAAUCCCACCAUGUUUGCCUGGGAGAUCAGGGACCGGCUGCUGGCGGAACGGGUGUGUGACAAUGACACGGUGCCCAGCGUCAGUUCCAUCAACAGGAUCAUCCGGACGAAAGUACAGCAACCACCCAACCAGCCGGUCCCAGCUUCCAGUCACAGCAUAGUGUCCACGGGCUCCGUGACGCAGGUGUCGUCAGUGAGCACGGACUCGGCCGGCUCCUCGUACUCCAUCAGUGGCAUCCUGGGCAUCACAUCCCCCAGCGCCGACACCAACAAGCGCAAGAGAGAUGAAGGUAUUCAGGAAUCUCCAGUGCCCAACGGUCACUCACUGCCAGGCAGAGAUUUCCUCCGGAAGCAGAUGCGGGGAGACCUGUUCACGCAGCAGCAGCUGGAGGUGCUGGACCGCGUGUUUGAGAGGCAGCACUACUCGGACAUUUUCACCACCACAGAGCCCAUCAAGCCCGAGCAGACCACUGAGUAUUCAGCGAUGGCCUCGCUGGCUGGAGGGCUGGAUGACAUGAAGGCCAACCUGACCAGUCCCACCCCCACCGACAUCGGGAGCAGCGUGCCUGGGCCGCAGUCCUACCCCAUUGUGACAGGCCGUGACUUGGCGAGCACGACCCUCCCCGGGUACCCUCCGCACGUCCCCCCCGCCGGACAGGGCAGCUACUCGGCACCGACGCUGACAGGGAUGGUGCCUGGCUCCCCGUAUUAUUACAGCGCCGCGGCCCGAGGAGCCGCCCCGCCUGCAGCCGCCACUGCCUACGACCGUCACUGACCCUCGGAGCCAGGUGGGCGCCAAGCACUUGCAACACAUAUCACUGAGGGCGAUAGCCUCUCAGCCCCUCCGAAGCCAGCCAGAGGGGCCCAAUGAGCCCAUCCCCCAGCAAUCCUCUCUCGCCUGAAACUCCCUCCCAACCUUUUCCUGCCAGGGAACUGGGGUUCUAUGGUAAGGCUGUUGGACUUCUAGACACACGUCCAUUGCUAAGAGUCCAUCAGUGCGCUUCUCCCAACAGCAACUGGGUGUCUGCAAAGCCACAGACUAUUCUGCAGACAGCUGUAGCCCCAGCCUAGCCUGCCGGUCCCCAGCUGUCUGACCAUCCACCUGUCUUCCUGCCCCAGGCCUGGGAAGGAGAGCUUGUUUUUGUCACUUCAACAGCACCCAUGUAAAUACCUUCUUGCUUUUCUGUGGGCAUGAGGGUCCAACUGAGCAGACUGCCCACCCAUUAUGCAUCCAGUAUUCCCGAUGUGUCACAGGACAUCUUAGACCUGUGUGCAGAGCAUCCCCUCUGCCUUGGCUGCCCCCCCAUAGGUGGGCUUGGAGUUGUCCUUGAGACUAAGGAUGCCCACCUCAGGUCCCAGCCUCCUGCUCAUUGCUACUUCUUUAACGUCUGGACUAGGAGUCUCAUUGGGCUGGUUAUGCUUCAAGCUUGCCCCCUGAGACCCCUCCUCAGGAGAAACACACUGGAGAGAUGCCCUGGCUUCCUGGCUCCAUUUUCCUGGGCCCUGUGCAGGGUGAGCAGCUCUUUUCCAUGUCAAAGGACUCAAAGAGAACAAAGGACUGUCUGGGAGAUUCCUCAGCUAGGAUUCUAAAGAUGCUGUCCAAGGUGCUGACUGCAUUGUGGACUUUGAAUGCUGGGGCUGGACAGGACUCAGAAGACCAUAGUCCAAGGCAGGGACUCCCAAGCCCCUGGAACCACUGAACUGAACUGGGAUGUGUUUUCUGAGGCGUGCCCAGGCUCAUAUCACACUGGACACCCACCAAGGACAUUUCUCCCACCCUCCAGGAUGCCAGAAAGUGGAUUCUGGGCAAGCCUGUUCCUGCCAUGUAGACAAUAAUUAACAAAAAGGACAUUCUUGCACUGAGGACCACAAACACCUAGAGCAGUCAGCCAGAACUUCCUGAUCAGCCCCUCCCUAUCCUCGUGGAGCCUAGUAUGCAGCUGGAAAUAGAGGUGCUGGGAUGGGAGCAGAUGCCUAACUUUGCACAGUGGGCAUAUACCUAUUGAUGCAAGGGGUUGUAAUGGCCAAGGCUAUGGCCAAGGGCCCCAGGAGCCUGGAGGGGAGCUUGGAGAACUCACUGGAGGCUGGAGUGGCCAGAAAAAAACCACCUGGGAGGAUACGGGGGACAGAGGAAGGCCUUCUAGGAGAGAAGCAGGAUAAGCAGUGAGGAACUGGUGUGUGAACUGGGAGUGGUUUUGAAAUAGGGGUGCCAGGGGCCACCAUCUCUUUGCCGGGGGCCUCAGUUCCUUCAGUAGUCUCUUUUGCCCACGCAGAACAGCAAGGCGGAGGCCCUGUCCCAAUCUGGGCUGAAUUACACUGAUGACCAUGGACUUUGCCAUCUCGUGUGACAGACGUUUGCAUCCCCGAUGUUUGCAUGUCACCAAGUUGGCAAAGAGCUGGGGCAGAGCAGAGCCUGGACUUGAGGUUAUUGGGCCUGAGAGGUCUUGUCCUGGCCACACCGCUUCCUUGCUGUGGGACCUCAGACAAGACCUUCAUGUCUCUGAGUCUCCGUUGCCUUGGUAUAGCAGGGUCACCUGCAAGGUCAUCCUCCAGCUCUCUCCUGGCCUUCCUCUUUCCCAGGAUGGGGAACAGACUUGUAACUGGGUCAUCUGAGGGCAGGUCUUCUACUUCUGAGCAAGCCUAUGGGAUGGCUAUCUAUUUGGACCAAAUGGGAAAUAAGAACACCCAGAGGGAUGGGAAUAAGCCUUGAGGACAAUCUAGUCCAGCUCGCCUCAGGGGAAACUGAGGCCCAGUUUGGGGAAGCCUGGGACAAUGCAGGGAAAUAGACCUCCUCUGGCCACCACCAAGUGUUUUCUCCCCAACAUCCUACAAGGUGGUGGGAGAGAAGAGGAAAUGGGCUCAACACGGUGGAGUCCCCAGGCAUUGACUGGCAGAGGUGGGCUGGGAUUCAGCCUCCCAACCCCUGGCACAAGGUGAUCCUUCCAUCCCCGGGGAGGGAAGUUGACAGCGAGGGCAGUGAGAGAUCGUUCUGGGCCCACUGCCACAGAUGGAGUGUCCCGGGCUGUUAGAACUGACAAGGAAGCCCAGCCAUCCAAGGCAGAAGUGGAGCCAGGGAGCUCACUGCAGGCGCACCCACCACCUUGUAACCUGUUGGGCAAAGAAGGGAGGCAGCUGGGGGCAGAGCCCACCUCCAGGAACAGGAUGAACCAGCUCCAGCCUCCACCUGCCAGGCAAGGUAGGAGAAGGUACAGGAGCUGGCCUCUCCUUUCCUCCUUCCCUGCUGCAGGAAGUGGUGGGCUCAGAGGUCUGCAGAUCGGGCCUUUGGCCUCUUAUACCCACACCUUUGGUCCUUGUCCCUCCUCGUGGUCUCAGGCUAUUGGGAAGUCAGCUUUCCCUGAACCAACUGCCUAAAGCGCACACUGUCCUUCCUCAUCAAAGCCCAGCUGGCCCCAUUCUGUUCCUUCUCUUGCUGUGAUGAGCUCCCUCCAUGCCUUUCCUCUCUCCCCCCUGAGGCUCUGCUGGUCUUCAGAUUGCAUUUGUAUUUAUUAGACAACCCCUUGAUUCCUGGGCUGCCAGGCAGAAGCACAAGAGCACAUGGAUGUACACAUAUGUUCUCACACAAGUACCUGCUCUCCCCAGCUCAGAGUCCGCUCACUGCUGGUGGAACUGCCUAUAAGCCUGGAGAGAAAGGUUCCAAAGGACACAAGCCGCUGAGUGAAUGCCAGAGAAUUCUGAACGGACAACACAAGGCCAGGGCUUUCACCAGCACUGUGGCUGGAGGCCUAGGGCACUCCACAGGCUUUCAGCCCUAUGUUCUGGCUCUGACUUUUGGAAAGGACCUUGUGGAUUUUAUGAAAAAGUUUCAUACCAUUAGUCUAGCUCCAGCCUUGAAAAAUCUGAUGACAUAUCAAAUCCAACCUCCCUUUCUCAAGGCGCCUUAGUUAGGGUUAGCCCUUUCAUAACUCACAUUUGUAUGGUGCUUUGCAAUCCUUGACCAUUCCCUGAGGCAAAGAUCACAAUGCCCAUUUUACAGAUGGGAAAACUGAGAUUUGGGGCUUGCAUGGCAAGACAGAGGUGAGGUGAAUUCUCAGAUCUCUGGGCCCCAUUCUCUCUCCACAGAAUUGUGCUCUCGUCAUGGGAGCAUAUGGCUUAGAUAUACCCUUCAAUCCCCUAGAACCCCCUAGACCCACGAGGAAACAACAGGGACCCAGAGGCUGGCCUGACCAAAUGGCCUAAGGCUUGGUGGCUUUGCUGGUCUGCCUUGAUUCCCAUUAACACCAAACCUGCAAAGUCUGCUCAGAUUCAUUCACAUCAGUGCUGCUGAGGUUUCAUUCAUGCUUCUUCCCUGCUGGGUCCUGAGACUCCGAGGGGAUCAGAGCACAUCCAAGACUACACCAUCAGCCGUGGCGGGGCCUGGACGUGGCCCCGCCUCUGACUCCGAGGGUCUAA